GCCGCUCCGGAGAGCACGCGAUCAUUCUCCGACUCAAACCUGCAGAGACCAGAGACAGAACCGGAGACAGAACCAGAGAGACAGGACCCGGACCAGAGACAGAACCGGAGACAGAACCAGAGAGACAGAACCCGGACCAGAGACAGAGAGACAGGACCCGGAUCAGAGAUGGACAACAGCUGUCUGUCCCGGCUGUAGCUCCGUGAUGGCUGAGCUGUUUCCUGAACGAGAAGGAGAAGACAUCACCUCCGGACUCCAUGCUGGUCGUCAUGGCCUCGCUGGAUGGAAGCACGCCGGUUGAGACGCUCCUGGCAGCGGUCCACCUGGAGAGGUACCUGGACACCUUCCGUCAAGCCGGUCUCCUAUUGGCUAGAGACUUCACACACCUGGAUAACGACGCCCUGGUUAGCCUAGGUGUAACCGCCACAGGACACAGGAAGAGAAUCAAACGAUUGGUCAUUCACAUUCAGAGGACAGACAGUCAAAAAGAAAAUCAGAAAGCUGAUCUCCCACGUGACCGCUGUCAGUCUGUGACGGACAUUUCUUCACCGGAGCAAGGUUGCUGCGCUGCACUGCUCCGUCAGUCGUCAGGGUCCGUUAACUUUGAAACGUUCAGGAACAGCUCGGCUCCGAACCUAGCCGACAUGCUGACCAACUCCGACAGCAGCAGGCCUGCGGUGAAGCCGGUUCCCAAACCCAGAACCGUCUUCAACCGCCGUCGAACAGCACCCAUCCACUUCUGUACAACACCUGACCCUGCACCGCCCCCGCCCAGGAGGCUUUCCCAGGAGUCCAUCUGUUUCACUGUGUUGGAGGGUUUGACUGCGGGGGACACGCCUGGCCACAGGUUGACCUCUGACCUCAAUGAGAAGUCGACCAACCGCAGGCCAAGCCAGGCGGAGAGGAGGAGGCCCAGUCGCAGCUUAUCUCUGUCAGACGCUGGAGGGUUGUUACCCCCCGUUCCCCUGCGGCUGAACCGUGGGUUCCCCCUGGCCAUUUUCCAGGGGUCCCCGCCAUCUUCUUCUUCACCUGUACGGACAGAGCAGACACUUCCUGUGAAUUCCUGUCCUGAUAGUCUUGACAACAGCAGGCUCUCUGGAUCCUCACCCUCUGGGUCACCCAGAGGAGGUGGGAUGGAGAUGGUCUCUAAUGAGAUCUACUGGGGGACUUUACCUGGUUCUGCUGCCCCCAGUGGAGCGAGAGGUUACUGCAGCCAGCAGUCGCCCCCCCCGACUCCACCCAGACAAACACCUGACAAGAACGCCGAGAGGAACAGUGGCAGCACUUUAAGUAACAACUCUUCAGGAUCAGCCAGAGCUUCAACAGACGACCCCGAGGAGGAGAUCAGCCCGUACUGUGAAACUGUUUUCCAAACCAGAAGAAAUCCACACAUCUGUGAGAGUGAAAGGAGGGGGGAGGACAGACACGCAGAGGAUCAUGGGUGUCAGAAGUUCUCCUGGACGAAGCGUUUGUCUCCGGCUCUCCACCCCGUAGACUCUCAGGGUUACUGCACUGUCGGAGAACCUCCACUCCCCAUCCGCUACCUCUCCCUGCCCACCCACAGCUUCCCCUCAGAUGCCGACGACGAUCUGACCAUCUCCCCCUACGCCAGCUACACCUCCCUGACCGAGAGAGCCCUCCCCAUCAUCAGCGGCUGGCUGGACAAGCUGUCCCCACAGGGGGGUCAGGGGUCAGCGCUGGCUCUUGUGCUGCAUCUCCUCCUCUCGGCUCCUCCCUGUGUCUCCUCCCUCCUGAGGUGCUGCCUCAUCACCUUCCUCUCCUCCUCCUCCUGCUCUUCAUCCUCCACUCGGAACUACGUUUUCCAGAAGCGCUAUGUGAAGUUUGAUGGCAAAAACCUGACGUACUUCGGCAGUGAGAAGGACGUUUACCCUAAAGGAGUCAUCCCAUUGGCUGCCAUCCAGAUGGCCCGUCCAACCAAAGACCACAAGUUUGAAAUCGUGACGAGUCAGCGGAUCUUUGUUUUCAGGACUGAUAAUGAAGUGCUGAGGCGGCGCUGGGUCGUCACGCUGCAGGAGCACGUCAGAGAUCAGCUGGUGUUCGGUCGGCGGCGGUUCGGCCCCGGAGCUCACUGUCAGAGACAUGGAGCCCUCGAGCUUAAGGGGACCAAGUCCAAAGUGUACGCCGCCAUCAACACGGAGCAGAUCUGGAUCUACAAGAGUGAACAGUGUUUCCGUAACGGGAUCGGCAUCACGGUGAUCGAAGCUCGAGGAGCGACAAUCAGAGACGGAAAACACAAGAGCUUCGACCUCAUCAGUCCGUACAAAACCUUCAGCUUCACGGCGGAGUCGGAGCGGGAGAAGAAGGACUGGAUGGAGGCGCUGCAGGAGGCCAUCGCAGAGACGCUGUCGGACUACGAGGUGGCCGAGAAGAUCUGGUCCAACCGGUCCAACAGGAUGUGUGCCGACUGCAAGGCCCUGAACCCCGACUGGGCCUCCAUCAACCUGAGCGUGGUUAUCUGCAAGAACUGUGCAGGGCAGCACAGAGGCUUGGGGACGAUGGUCUCAAAGGUUCAGAGUCUGAAGCUGGACACCAGCGUGUGGAGCAACGAGAUCGUCCAGCUCUUCAUCAUGCUGGGUAACGACCGGGCCAAUGAUUUCUGGGCGGCCCGUCUGUCGGUGUGGGAUGAGUUGGACCGUGACGCCUCCGCUGAGCAGAGGAGAGACUUCAUCCGUCAGAAGUACGGAGUGGGACGCUUCCGCCUGCCCCACCCUGCGUUUAGCAGCCAUGAAGAGCUGCUCAAGGUCUUGUGCUCGGCCGUCUCUGAACAGACUCUUCUGAAAACUGUCACUCGCAUUUUCUCGGAGGCAGAGUCAGCUCGCGUUGCCGACGACUCCAACGGCUGCCAACGACACCUUCCCCUACUGGAUCGCUGCAUCGCAUCAGACCCCGGCGUGUACGAUGAGAUCAUGCAGCCCGUCCUUCACUCCGGUUACCUCUACAAGUCUGGCUCUGUUCACAGAGGGACGCUGUACAGGAAGACUAGAGAAGACUUCCAGAAGUUCUGGUGUUUGGUGGAUCGGUCUCUGCUCUUCUACGAGUCGGACCGCUCAGCUGAAGCCUGCAUGCAGAUCAGCGUCAGAGACAUCGUGUGUUUGGGCGUCAGUCGACCCGACGCCUCCAACAACAACAACGGCUUCCUCGACAGGUUUCGUUACACCUUCGAGAUGUAUUUGACUUCGGAGAAACUUUAUCAGUUUGGUUUGGAGACGGCCGACGCUCUGCACAGCUGGACCAAAUCCAUCGGGAAGGCAGCGACACCUCUCAGCUGUCACUGCCUAUUGACUCGUGAGUUUGAGCGUGUCGGCCUGCUGCGGUACAGAGCCAUGUUGGACCCUCAGCAGUGGAAGGAGGCUUACUUUGUCCUGCAGAAGUCCAACCUCUUCAUCUGUCCCCGGAACGACGGAGCGGCGGAGGACAUCAUCAACUUGAACCGCCUGCAGGAGCUCAGUAUCGCCUCCGAGACCGAGAACCACGAGAAGAAGGACAUCCUGGUGCUAGUAGAAAAAGGGAGGACUCUCCACUUGCAGGGCGUCGGCCGGACAGAUUUUUCUCUGUGGUACUCGGACAUCCAGCGAGCGGCCGGCGGUAAAGGAAACACUUUGAGGGAGCAGCAGCUGAGCAGAAACGACAUCCCCAUCAUCGUGGACAGCUGCAUCGCCUUCAUCACUCAGUAUGGUCUGGGCCACGAGGGGAUCUACAGGAAGAACGGGGCCAAAUCCAGAAUCAAACUCUUAAUGGGGGAGUUUCGUAAAGACGCCCGCAAUGUCAAGCUGCGGAUCGGAGACCACUUCAUCGAGGAUGUGACGGACGUCCUGAAGAGGUUCUUCAGGGAGGUGGACGACCCCAUCUUCAUGGCAGACCUCCACCCAUUGUGGCAGGACGCCGCCAAAAUCCCUCAGAAGAGUCCGAGGUUGGACCGUUACAAAGAGAUCAUCCGGAGUCUUCCUCGAGUUAACAGGACCACUCUGGCUGCUCUCAUCAGUCACCUGUACAGAGUCCAGAAGUGCGCCGAUCUGAACCAGAUGUGCACCAAGAACCUGUCGCUGCUGUUCGCUCCCAGUCUGUUCCAGACUGAUGGGAAUGGAGAGCACGAGGUGAAGGUCGUGGAGGAUCUGAUAGACAACUACCUGUACGUCUUUGAUAUCGACGAGGAGCAUCAGACUCAGAUCGAGCUGGAAAUCAGCCUCAUCACCACCUGGAAGGACACUCAGCUGUCUCAGGCCGGGGACCUGAUCGUCGAAGUGUAUCUGGAGACGAAGACGCCCGAUUGCUGUGUCACCCUCAAGGUGUCUCCCACCAUGUGUGCUGAGGAGCUGACCAAUCAGGUGCUGUUCAUGAGGAACGUCCCGCCAGGGGACAAAGACGUCUGGAUGACCUUCGAGUCCAUCGAGGACGGACAGCUGGAGCGUCCGUUACACCCCAAAGAGAAAGUCCUAGAGCAGGCUCUGCAGUGGUGCAAGAUGGCCGAUCCCAGCUCAGCCUACCUGGUGGUGAAGAGAGUUCCUAGAGGAGAAGGCAUUAACAUCCUCACCUGUAUGUCCAAGACACACACACACACCCUCACCUCCUAUAAGAGUGACAUCAUGAAGGUCGGUCUGUUGAAGAGUCGUGAGGAACCUCCGAAGCUGCUUCAGGGGAACAAGUUCCAGGAGAGAACGUUCCAGAUCAGAAACCUCAAACUGCUGCUGCUUAAGGACAAGAAGAGCAUCAAACAAGAGAAGGAAUGGUGUCUGAAGUCCAUGAAGAUCUAUAUUGGCAUCCGCAGGAAACUGAAGGCUCCGAGCAGAUGGGGAUUUACGGUGAUGUCAGACAAACACCAGCUGUUUCUGUGUUGUAGCUGUGAGGCUGAACUGUGGGACUGGAUCACCAGCUUCCUCAAAGCUCAGAACGAUGACCCGGGUCCUCCGGUUCUGAGGCGUCACUCCUCCUCAGACAUCUCCAAGCAGAAGUUCGGCACGAUGCCGCUAGUCCCGAUCAGAGGAGACGAGAGCAACAGCAGCAUGCUGUCGGCCAAUCAAACGCUGAGGAAGUUGCAUGAUAGAAGGACUCUCUCCAUGUACUUUCCCAUGAAGGUUCAGCAGGAUUCGUUUGAGGAGCGUUCGGAGUCUCCUGACCUCCCCGAGCCGCUCUACGAGGAGGUCGGGGACUUCGGCCUUCAGGUCCUUAAAUCUCUGGAAAGUAGCUUCCUGUCCAGCAGCGCCACAGAGACCCAGGAGGUCCCAGAACUCCCGCCGCUCAGACUGGUUCCUGUGGAGCACGUGACGGUCCCGAAACCGGUCUCUGCGGAGCUCCUGCAGCAGAGCGGAGGCUGCACAGCAGCACAGGAGCUGCUGCUGCAGGAGCUGUCGUCAGCCUUCACCAAGAAGACCGGGGAGGAAGAGGAGGAGGAGAAGGAGGUGCAGGAGAAGAAGGAGCAGGAGGAAGUGCAGGAGGAGGAAGAGGAGGAGCAGGAGGUGCAGGAGAGGCCGUAUGAUGUCUGAGAGAAAACAAACUUUCAUCUCAGCUCAGCAAAAGGUUUCUUGUUCGUCUGAUUUCUGUUUCUUUGAGCCUGAAUCACAGUUUGGUCCCUGAACUCCUCACAAACAUCCUUUAAAAAGAAGAGGACUUCUGCAGGACGGGGGGGAUGGAAUGAAUCUACUCAGAUGAAUGAAUCAUGCGUUUGGAUUGUGGAUAGUAAUUACGGAGUCGGGGGGGGGGGGGACUCAGAAAUUAGGGUUAGGGUUAGGUUUGGAUGAGGGUAUCUCUCCAUGUUCACCUGUCUGAGAGAUGAGCUUCAUCCAGCCUGCAAAAAACAGCACUAUCACAGAAUUUAUUCUCAGAGUAUUUCUGAGUUUUUCCAGGAAAUUGAAAAAUGUAUAAUCUCAGAGAAUAUUCAGGUUAAUGUCUCGUAAAUUUGUGAUUUUAAUAUUUCUUCUCUAUUUCCCCCCCCAUCCCCGGCUCCGUAAAUGUAUUUCUUUAACCUAAGAUAAAUGAAUAGUUAUAUUAUCGUACGUUAAAAGGUUCAUGUGAGGGAACAGUUUGACUGACAUUUACAAACCUCCAGCGCUGCCUUGCUCUCCUUCUGUGAGCGGGAAUCAAACCAUCAACUCUGAGAGAUGGAGCACAUUCAAAUUAUUAUAUUAAUAUUGUUAUAUAAUAUUAUAGUAUAGUAUAUUAUAGUAUAGUAUAUUCUUUUAUACUAUAUUAUAUUAUAAUAUUAUAAUAUUUUAUAGUUAUAUUA